AUGGCUCUCCCUCUCCUCGACCCCCUCACGGCCCCAACCGUCGCCCGCACCCGCCUCGACGCGCUCCUCCAGCGCCACUCCCUUUCGCUCUCCUCCCUGCUCCCCAUCCUCACCACCUCCGGCGCAGUCCUCGGAGGAGGCUCGAUCCCCUCGGUCGUCUAUGACCCCAAAUCUUGGGCUCCGCGUGACAUCGACAUUGUCGUUCCGCAAGCUGGCGCCGACGCGGUUCGCAAGUACCUCGGAGAGAACGGAUUCAAGGUCUCGUUCGUGCCCCCGCAGGGAUUCGAGUCGAGCUGGAAGAGGGACGGGGAGACGUUUGUUGUUCCGUAUGCGCUCGAGACGUGGGACAAGGAGCGCAAGACGAUUGACCUCACCAUCGUCGGAGGAGGCAUGUCGGCGCUCUCUCACAUUGCCUGCUACCACUCCUCCAUCGUCCUCGGCUGGCUCGACGGCCACUCCCUCAACGUCGCCUUCCCCGAGCCCUCCCUGUGCGGCCAAAACCUAAUCAACAUCAUCCCCUCCAAGAUGUCGCUCCUCUCCUUCGUCGAAGCGCUCGACAAGUACUCGACGCGCGGAUACCGCCUCGUCACGGCUGACAAGGGGGGCUCGGUCAAGGUCAAGAAGGAGGGGACGGUGCAGGGGAGGGCGUUUGGGGAUCAGAGGCAGGGGUUGACGGAGGAGGAGUUGAGGGAUAUCACGAGGAGGAUGGGGUGGAGCGUCGAGAUUGCUUGA